GGUGCCAUGCGUUUCGGUGUGAUGGGUGUUCGGAAGGCGCGCGUAUUCCCUUCUGCGCAUGUGCUCACUUUUGUUUGUCGAAGAAAAUUUCCAGUUUUUCAGCAACUGUUGGGAAUUCCUUGAGUGAAAUCAGUUUCCGCAAGCAGGACAUUCGUCAAUUAGCAACAGGAUACACAUAGGGUGCUAUGAGCUGUCUAGGCGAUUGCUCCGAAUUGGGGCCACCGCCCGAUAUGAUUCUGUCCAUGCCUCCGCCGCCGUUGUCAUCGUUUCUUCUGCCGCGGAAUGCAAUCGCACCACGGCCGGCCAAUAAUUCGCAGUCCUGCAUUGCGGCCUUCAUGUGCGAACCGUCCCUGAAGGCGAACGAACAAUCCGGAAUGGAUUUUAUUGAGCUCUCAGGAAAUGGGAUGGAUGAUACGUGGAUAUUCGUUCUCAUCUCGGCCUGUGUGGGUGUUCUUUUGCUGGGAGCGCUCCUGGCAAUGCUCCUCAUCAAAUGCAGAGACUCAUUGAAUUACUCUUACCACGAUAGUAAUUUGAAGCACCCACCGUUGUCAUCGUUAGAUGAACCACAUCUAGGAACAACUAAAUCAGGACUCAUGCCGGGCACAAUCCUUUACACCACCAAUCAGCAAUUCACGCCUGAUAAUCGCACCUUGUGGGCAACUUUGACUCCCCACGGAACCACACAACAUUUCAUUUCCGAUUCCUACUGCAAUCCCGAGGAUCACUACGAAGUCAUCGAUUACGGAAGAAAGCACGAGCAAUAUAUUCCAUCCAAUCAGUGCACUAUUGUGAAGAAUAAAAACUCCUUUGAGAACUCCGGCUUCGUAGACUAUGAUUACGAGGAUCCAACGCCGCUAAUGGAAUCCUAUAACACCUUCGACGACAUGGACUCCGGAUACCAAGAACCGCAUGAAGUAAUCGGAUCGCUCAAUCGCACUCGCUCCAUUGUGUCGUCCCCGACGAGGAUUGAACACCCAAAUCUGGCACCACUUAAUCUGUAUCCCACCCAUCGCAGCAACGGAACGCUGAACAAGAAAAAUACCACUCUCAGCCGCCGCAUUAGUGAUAUCAAGAAUUGAAUCGAGUGAAUUGUGAAUCAAUCAGCAACAAUAACAAACAGCAUCAAUGCUUUCCUUGUUUUGGAGUGAUAAUCAACAGAAAUUCCUACGAGCAGAUACCUUUAUUUGAUAAAAGACGAAACAAAGCACCGCAGAGAGUAUUAUUGUAGUGAUGAACUGUCUAUUUUCACAUCAAACAGAAAACCAAAAGACAGAGUAAUAGUAUCUAUAUUAGUAGAUUAUAUUUUCAAUGGCAUAUUUGGUUGGGUAGAGUUGCACGCUCUUCACGCGGCAAACCAUUAAAUGUCUAAACAAUAGUAAACGAACCCAGUCGUAUUAUUUAUACUGUAGUCACGCGAAUUUGCAGCAUUAUUUUAAUAACCGCGGAUUUUAUCGUCUUACUAUCAGCAGAGUGAAAAUAAAGCUACUAACUAGAUGCAACCAAAUGCAAUAAUUGUCAUAAUCGCUGAACUAAUCAUGAUUCCUACAGCAGAAAGAAAAUUUAAGCAUAGUAAGGCCACAAUAAAGAUUAAAUAAGAAAAA